AAUGCAACGUUCUUGUUAUGGCGAUAUUUUGUCUGAUAAAAUAAAAGAAAAUGGUCAUCUUAAGAAAGAAGUGUCUAUUCCUUUGGAUAAUUCUUUUCGUCAACAAAUUGACCCUAUGUCCGUUUCUUUACCAAAUGUCUUGGCUCCAUCAUCUUUACAAACUGAUGGAUAUGAAUUUUAUGCACCAAUUAAAUCCUUAAGUGGAGAGAAUUUUAAUAAAUUUCCUCAACAUUUGAAUGAUACAGACAAUAAUUCUGAAGGUUCAUACAGAUUAAGUAAACGGCUUAAUAAUGGAGUAAAUGACAGUGAUCAACAAAAUUCUUCUCGUUCUGAUAUUUAUUCUUCCUCAUCGUCAACUGUCGCUGCUGGCAGCAAUUAUGUUGAUCCAAGAGUUUAUCAAACAACUUUUACAACUAAAAGAGUUGGAAAUGUUAUUGUUAAAAAAGUUACUUUGCCUGAAAGUACUUCAGAGCCGUUACAAUGUUCUGAUAAUUUUUCAAUUGCUUCUACCUCAGCAACAACUACAACAACAGCAAUGCGUCGUCAACAGCUUCAAAAUACCAAAGCUUCAGCAGUUGUUCAUUCGCCUAGUCCUAUUAUUGAAGGAAAUAAAAUAAAAUCUUCCAUCCCAUCGGUAAUCCAUGACGGAGGAACGUCAACAAAAACUUUUGGCCAACAACCUGGUAGUGAAUUUACUUCAUCCUCCGCUUGUUGUUCCGAUUAUUCUAUAGCUUCUUCAUCUGCCCCAGCUUCAACUCGUAGUUCUGAUGGACAACGAAGGAUACGUUAUGCACCUUCAGCAAGUUGUGGUUCUUCUGACUUUAAAAAUCGACUAAGAAAUGAAAUUCCUGUUGCUAUAGAUUAUCCUCCUCCAAAUAACAUUUAUUCGUCUUGUGGUGGUGGUGGACUUCCUUCAAUUAUCCGCCCAGUUUUAAUUUCUUCUACACGUGGAAGUACUUCAACACCUUCUAAUUUUGGACAUUUAGGAAAUAGAAAACCUUUAGUGAUUAGAACACCAACUAUAGGAGAUAAAGUGCCAAUUACAAAAUCGGAUAGUGAUGCCACCAAUGCUGCCAAUAAUGACAAAACUGAAAAUAAAAAUGAAGAGGAAAUUGAUGCUUCAAAUCGUGUUGGUCCUCUUCCUGGUCGUGUUAUUUGUAAAGAAGAUUUGGUAAUAACAAUAGACGGAAUUGAUAUUAAACAACAACCAACAACCUUAUCUGCAAAAUCAAAAAUGGAAGGAACACGGCCCGUAAUUGGUCCAAAACCGACUGGUUUAAUUAACAAGAAAGAACCCGAAGCAACAACAGAAAAUAUUAACAAAUUAUUGGAUCCACUUGAUAGUAUUUUAAAAGAUGUUCUUUCAUUAAAUGAGACAUUAAACUACAAUAGUGGCAUUGCUCAACCAGCAACUUCAAAUACAAAUAGAAGACGUUUACCGACAGCAAUUUCUAUUGAAAGCGAAGAAAGACCAGAUUUACGAACUGUACAUUUAUUUAAUGGCGAGGAAGAAGGCGAUGAUAAUGAUGCUGGAAAUGUUCCGUAUACUUUAACUGUAAGAGAAGUUGAAAGUGUAGGAAGUUGUUGUCAAGCUGAAACAAGUCAACAACAACCAGAUGGAACAAUAACUAAAGAACGAUUACCAAAAUGUGAACAUAAAGGAAGACAUGUAAAUAAACAAAUUGAAUUGGUUCAUCGUCGCAGACUUCCAUCACAAGAUUCAUAUUCGUCCCAAGAUCAUUCCAUUUCUCCAACAAAUCCAGAUUCAAAUAUCCUUGAAUAUAUGAUGAGAAAAAGAUCAAAAAGUCAAUCAAUUGAACAACAAAAUCAGAAACAUGUAGCAGUAACUACUCGAACAAAUCGGACAGAUGAACGGCGAUUUACACAACCAGUCACUAAACAAGCCGAUCAGGAAAGAAUAACUGAAGAAUUAAAAGAACAAUGUCCAGAUACGUCAAAUAAAUGCCUUUUGGAGACAGAUUUUUAA